AUGUCUGCGAUCCCAAUCAAACUCUUAAACGAGAGCCAAGGCCAUGAGGUCACUCUGGAACUUAACAAUGGCGAUAUGUACAGAGGAAAGCUAGUAGAGAACGAAGACAACAUGAACUGUCAGUUGCGAGACGUUAUAUACACACAAACGAACGGAAAAAUGACACGUAUGGAUGAUGUAUUCAUUCGAGGAUCAAAUAUAAAGUUUGUGGUGGUACCGGAUAUGCUAAAACAUGCUCCUUUAUUCAAGAAGAGUGCUGUAUCAAAACCACCUCCACCUAUUCGCGGUCCGAAGAGACGCUGA